CAUUAAUAUUGAAGAUAAAUAUUAUAUAUUGAAUCCCGUCACAGAAUAAUAUCCUUUCCAUUUAAGUACUUGCUUGUUUUGUUUUUGAUCGAGAAUGAAAUGAAAUUUUCUUAGCCUGUAUCAAUAAUAAGCUGAAUGAAAUCAGUGAAAGCAGAGUUUAUUUAUCUAACUUAGCGAUGUCAUUUCUGUGUCGGUAUAACUAGGUAAACGUCAAUUAUUCAUUCGAGUGAAGCACUUUUCUGUUAAGCAACUUUAGCGAAAAACCUUGACGACAGAACUAAUGAAAGAAAAAUGUCUAACGAGCAAAAGCUUCUCAAUUUCUGAAGGGCUUAUUUACAGGAAAAUAAUUACCAUAAAACGCAAAUGCACUUUCUUUCAAUUCUGUCUUAGAAAUAACUAAACAUACUUAGAUGAGAGACUUGAUGAGAAAAUAACAAAGAAAAGCUCUUAUCGUUACGCUAAAUAGACGAUUUAACUGAAAUCCUGAGAAAUAAACUCAUCUAAAACUAACACUAAGCCAUGUAAGUAAACAUAAGAAAUACAAUUCUUCUAUCUGUACUUUAGUAUACAAUAAUCCAAAGCGAAGAACAAUGGUCAACUCUUUCUGAGGAGAAAAAUACUAUCGGAAACAGAUAACAAAGCCAGCAAGAAAAAGAAAAGUGAACAUUGCCUAUUAGUUUGGAUAUUCUACAUCUGAAAUGAGUUUAACAUUUAAUUUCAUGGAUUAGGAAACAUAAAUUACCAACGUAGCGUUUCAUUAAAUUCAUGUUCAAGAACGGUGAAAAUCGCUUCUGACCAAGAAAAAACAAAACGGUUUUAAUAUAGGGCUUAAGCGUAAACUAGCUAGAACUUUUUUCCUCCUGUUGUCAAAUUAUUCCUGAAUACAACAUCCAGCAGAGCAUACGAAAUAGUGGCUUCGUGCUUUUCACAACUGACUCAAUUUUCCUUGGAAACAGAAUUUAUGAAAGGCAAUGUCCACCCACUUACCUGUACCAUUACAGGGCGCAAACUCGAGCGUGGCAUUUUUUGUCUCGCUAAUUCCCGAGAAAACUACUGAAUAUGAGGCGGAUCAGACCAGCAAGCUUGUUGAGGUCGAAGUUGCUACGGGUAUGCUUUGUUACGUUCACUUUAUUGGGUGUCUAUUUUGUUGGCUUUUCAACUCAGCCUUAUGAAUUUCAUGAAAUACAGCAACCUAUAGCGACAGGAUAUGAUUUUACCGAGUACAAGGCACUGCUCGGUGAUAAAGAAAAAACAGCGCGGAAGAACCUCAUCAUUGUGUCGCAUGGCCGCUCGGGAUCUACCCUGGCAGGUGACAUUUUCAACCACCAUCCUUCUGUGUUUUACAUGUACGAGCCAUUACAAACGGCGAAACGAGUUCAGAAUAAAUUGAAGAUUAAUGACACGGGAUACAGCAGCCUCGCCGAAGAAUUCCUGACCGGCGUAUUUCGCUGUAAGUUCGAUAACCCAGAUAUCUUGGAUGAUAUUGAGAAGUAUUACCGAAAACCCGAGCAUCCGCGGGUUAGCCAUGCCAUCGGAUCGCCUCCAUUGUGCCCUUAUCAGAUGACCGAUCCAAGAUGGAGUCCGACGCUUUGCAAGCCCAUGACCAGCGAAACACUGGGAAGUGCUUGUAAGGACAAGUAUGAUUUGACUGUUCUGAAGAUUCUAAUGUCGCGCAUUCCUGAAUAUAGCAUCAAGAACAUUUUGACUGCUUGCGGUGCCCUGGAUGUUGACUGUAAAGUUAUUUUUCUAGUGAGAGAUCCUCGUGCCAUGAUCCCGUCUUCGCUUAAUAUCGGCUUCUUUAAAGAGAAAGGACAUCCCAACGCUCACUGGGGUACGCGACUCUAUAGCUACAAGCAAUGUAAGGAAACGGAAGACAACUUGGAGUUAGUCAGAAAACUACCGGAUUCGCUACGGCACCGGAUCAAACUUCUUCGAUACGAGGAUCUCGCUUUAGAACCACUCAAUGUGCUAGCAGACAUUUACGAGUUUGCUGGGUUACCUGUGCUGGACCGCGUGCGCACUUGGCUGAAUGAAACCACUCAGCAAAGCAGGAAGGACUGCGAUAAAGAGCUGGACGGACCUCUUGUCACGUGCACCAAGGAUGAUGCAUGGGCCGCGGCCAAUCGCUGGAGAUGGAAAGUACAUCCACACGAAAUCGAUAUCAUUGAACGUUACUGCCGACGCACAAUGGAUCUGAUGGGAUACAGACUCGUGGAUAGGUCGUACGACCUACUGGCCAACUCUAAGAUUCCACUGUUUAGCAAUGACUAUGAAGCGAAACAAUGGUUUCAUUGAAGAUAAUUUAAGUCAAUUAGCUGUGUGAUUCUGUUGUAUGGAGAACACAAUUAGUGAACCUUGCUUUGCAUUGUCCUCUUCAUCAACUUAAGGUGGAAUGGUCCCCUAAAAUCGACCAAAAAGUUUGUUUAAAUAUGGUGAAGAAAGGUCAAUUGCGUGCGAUUGCACUCAUCAAGGGAAAAUAAAUUUUCAAGGUUUUACUGAAAAUGGUUGCUAUGACAAUCAGCCACAGCCUUCUGAGGUUUUAAUUUAUAGCAUUGACGCCAACUGUUCCUGCUCUAUCACGAAACACAUCUUGUAAGUUUCAGUUAAAUGUUGUUUUCCGUGCUUUCUAUAGGCUUUAUUUGGAAAUAACCUUAUUUUGCACCAAACCCAGCGAACAAAUUAUCUCAUGUCACGUGACAGACGUUAAAAUGUUAUGAUUUUUUUUACUUAAUUUUAUCACGACACUAUUGGUCUUUGAUUACCCCAAACUUCAGGAAUUUCUCUUAACAAACCCUUCCAAAGAAGGAAUGCUGGCGUGAAGUCAGUUGGUACAAAAGUAGACCAUUGAGAAAAAUGCACUUAAAGUUUCUUACAUGAUGGAUUAAACAUUUAACAAGCCAAACAUUGCGGGGGGUGGAGGUGCAGAUUGGACCUCGGGGGGUGGGGUGAAAUGGUCGUUUUAUUUUGGAAAAAGUUUCCGCAGUUGUAGGAAAUGUUCCUUUUCAUAAAGGAAAUGAAUGAGCCUGUGAUGGUAAAUCGGGCAAAGCUUUCCCCAAGUAAUUAUACCAAUCGCGUUGUGCAUCUCUUUACAGCUUUACUACAAAGUAUCGUUCAUAUACAUUUGAACUAAUCUAUAUUUUUGGUCAUGUUCUUACCGUAAAGAGCCGUUGCUACGUAAAAAACUUAUACCACUGUGUACUUUCCUUAAAUUUCACACUCACCUAGUGGUAAAUUCGGCAGGAUCGUUUCAAAAUGUUUUUAACAAGUGUUCAAGGGUCUUAAAUCUUGUAUUUUUUAAAAAAUUGAAUUUUUCAUGAACAUCGCCAUACUUUUUGGUAUAUACCACCUUACGGAAAAGGAAGAACUUAUAGGCGCAUGUGUAGAACGCACCAAAAUUACAAAAACACUUGAACCCAGUCCUCUGAAGGAAGUCCUGGAGAUUUUCUUAAAUUAAUUUUUCGUUUUUGUCGACUAUCUAGAAAAAUUACCGCUAUUUUCACAAUCAGUCAAUAAAUCAAUCAAUAACAGUUUUCGUAAUUUCCGUUAAAUUCGUAAUUUUUGUAGAUUUCGUUCGGGCCUUCCUUUAACCUCUUGAAUUUCUUUUAGUUUUCGUUGAUGCUCGGGGAAAUUAUCGCAACUUUAGCAGUUUUCAUAUAACGCGUAGAAUUUUAUUUAAUGCUCAGUCACGUGUUAAAAUUGCAUAAAAAUUAUAUUACAUUAACGACAAUUUAAAUGUGGAGGAUAAAAUGACUUUAAAAUAAGUCGUUGGAUAACAAAACAAAACGAUCUAAAAAAAAUA